AUGCCAGAGCCGCUGCUCAAGAUGCUGGGGGCUGGGCACGGCUUACUGCGCGAUCCUGCUGCACUAGACCCGAAGCUGGCGCGGAGGGGCUGCGAUUUUGGCCGCGCCCUGUCGGAGCUGUUCGACGCGGGGGUGGUGGAGCUUCGCUUGAUCGCCGACGCGCGUGCUGCCAACCUUCGCUUUGUCGAGCCGGCCUACACCGAGCUUGCCAGCCCCGAGGCUCUCGCCGCCAUUGAGUACGACGGGCCCGACAUGAUUCGGUUCUGCUCCGGAGACGUUGAGGUGUGUUUCUAUCAGUGCGAGCUGCCUGCGUGGGCGAGGCGGUACUUCACCUUGCCUGCGAUUAAGUCUCAGUGCUUGCCUGCUGCGAUGCGGGGACAAAUGGGUCUGGCUCGAGGCACGUCGGAGCUCAAGUUUAGGUUCCGCGUCGUGCCAAUGGGCUGGAGCUGGGCUGUUCACUUGAUUCAGCAGGGGCAUCUUCACGUCAUGAAGAGAGCCCUGCAGAGUGGCCGCUGGGUACUCGACAAGCGGCCUGGCGUUGACCUUCUGCAGGAGGGCGCCAAGGUGCUCUACAUCGAUAACUUCGCCGUUGCCUCGGUGGACCAGGGGCGCGGCGAGAGGGCCGUCCAGCUGAUGCGCGAGGCGUUGGCGGAGCUCGGGGUGGCCAGCGCCAUCGAAGCGUCGGACGGCAGCAAGGCCGAGUUGCUGGGGUGCGAGCUGGACAGGAGCACUGGUCGCUGGCGCAUCAAGCCUAAGCGAAUCUGGCGGCUCAUGGGUGCUCUGGACUACUUGCUGGAGGUCAAGGGCAGGAAGGUGACGGGCCAUGAGAUUGAGCGCGUCCUGGGGCACAUCGUAGCCGCCUGCAUGCUGAGGCGGGAGGCGCUGGCCAUGCUGUCCGCUUGCUACACCUUUGCAGAGACCUCAGGCCUGAAACGCCAGCCGCUGUGGGCCAGCGCGCAGCAAGAACUGUUAUGGGUGCGCUCGCUGUUGCCGUGCAUCGUCAGUGAGAUGGGCAAGCCCUGGUCCCAGACUGUCACAGCUUAUGAUGCGUCACCUUGGGGCUGCGGGGUCGUCGAGACUGAGUGGGGGCCCGAGGAGGUCGCCAGCCAUGGGCGGCUGUCGGAGCGCGCCAGGUUCCGUGGGCCACUUGCUGCCGCUGGCGCGCCACGGGAUCGCACCAUGGAAGCGGAGGUGGCGCAGGCCCCAGAUGCUGCCCUGAUCCUGACAGGGCGGGUGUCGGAGUUCCCGGAGGUCAGGUCGAGAGCCUUGGCGGAGGCCACCUGGCGCGUGGUGGGCUGCGGCCGCUGGAGGCGGCGUGAAGCGAUUCACUGUCUCGAGGCCGCUUCUGUCUGUUGGGCCGCGAGGCGCAUAGCUAAGCGCGCUCGACGGCACGGCCAGCGCCACCUCGUGCUGGGAGACAGCAUGUCGGCGGACGCUGACGGCUCGGGCGCCGAUUCCGCCGCCCACCUGGAGUUCCGGGUCAGGCCCAGCCAGCGGGGGCAGCAGACGGUCCCGCUCGGCGCGGCGCACGACGCCAGGCCUGGGCCGACCGAGCGGCGCGGCGACGCAGAGGUGCGGCGACAGGUUGUGCAGGAUCGGGAGCUUCUCUGCCCGCGGCUGCCCAGGCUGGCUGCCGAGAAGGUCAGGCUGAAGACUCAGACGAUCUACCUGGGCGUGCUGAGGGCCUUGCUCGCUUGGCCCCGCCUGGGCUGCCCCCCGGACUGGUCGCGCGAGGACUGGGAUUGCACGCUGGUGGAGUUCGUGGAGUGGCUCUUCGCCAAGGGCGGGGCGGCCGCAACGGCGAAGCGGGUCGGGCCCGCUCUGCUGUGGGGAGACCCGCGUCUUGCCGUGGGCUCGCUGCGUGCCACCUUCCCCGUCCUGCAGCAGGCGCUGAAGGGCUGGGUUCAGCAGCGGCCCGAGUUCGCGCGCCCCCCGCUGCCCUGGGUGGCGGUGGCCGCUGCGGCCCGAGAGUUGCUCGACCUCAACACGGGCAUGGCUGCAAGUGGGAUCAUGAUAAUGUUCGAGACUUACACGCGCCCUUCCGAGUUGCUCGCGCUCUCGACCGACCAUGCGGUGUUGCCGCUUCCAGGCGAGUCGGGGGCCGCCCGCUGGCUGACCUUCGUCAUUCGGGCCCAGGAGGCGCUGGUGCCAUCCAAGACCUUCGACAUCAGCGUCCCGCUGGACUUGGAGAGGCAGCGCUGGCUUGCCCGCUGCGUGGAGGUAGUGGUGCGCCGCCGCGGCUCGGGCAGCUCGCUCCUCGGCCUGGUGUGCGCGGACUUCGCCGCAGCCUUCAAGACGGUCUUGAAAGGAGUUGGUGCCUCGGUGCUGCAGGGCACGCUCUACUCGCUCCGCCAUGGCGGCGCCAGCCACGACCGGAGCAUGGGCGCCAGGUCAUUGGCCGCCGCGCAGCAACGCGGCGGCUGGCGCGCGUUUCGGAGCGCCACGCGGUGCGAGAAGCACGGCCGCCUGGGGCUCGAGCCGCAGAAGCUGGAGCCGACACGCCUUGCGGCAAUGCGGCGAAGGUCGGCUGGUAUCGAGCUCGCCUUCGAGAAGUACUUCGGGCUGCGCUGA